CGUCAAAGAUGCUUUUGUAUUUUUGUCCGUCAUUCUGCUUCGUUUAAUUAUUUUCCAUAAAAACAAUUAGGCAAUAAUACGUCAAAUAUGGCUGAAAUGGAAGUGACUGAGGGUGGGAACGAUUAUUCCAAUGAUUUAUUGCUUCUAGACCGGGUUUUCUUGCGUUUGGGCAAUGCUGAUUCGGAUGAUCAGUUGGAGAGCUGCCUCGCGCGGUUUCUCCCUCCCGUAAUCCUCAAAUUAUCAUCACCUCAUGAACAGGUACGCACAAAGGUGAUGGAGCUGUUAGUGCACGUGAACAAGAGAAUAAAGUGCCGAGCAAACGUCCAGCUGCCCGUGGAACCUUUGCUCGAGCUGUACAGGGAUCCAGCUGCUAACAGCUUCAUCGUCAACUUUGCGAUAAUAUACAUCACCAUGGGUUACCCACGACUGCCUCGCGACCAGCAGUUAUCAUUAGCUCCUACUCUGCUGGAGUCCAUUGAAAACAAACCAUUGGGACACCAAGAUGGAAUACUAAUGUUACUGAUGCCACUGUUGGGCGACAUCAAGGAAGACGCUCUCAAUCUGAAGGAGAGGCCCAAAGUCGCCAAUUUGUUGCUAAAGUUCGCCACAGACGUGUUGUUGCUACCAUACAGGGCAUUACCCAGUACAAGCGACACUGACUUCCAAGUACCACCAGGCAUGAGCUUGAAGUCAUACAAGCGGCUCGUCGGGAAGACCCAGAUCAACCCCAACCAGUUAGAAGAGAUGAAACUGUCCAUAGUAAACUUCUUAAGCAAGGAUGUGUUCAGUCCAAACGACGUUCUGUUGACGCUGAUCGUGGCUGCUGCGGAUUCCCGGUUCAGUGUUGCCAAUAGCGCCAACGAUCAACUCUACAGGACUGUUAGCUCCGUUGAUUGGGGAGACCGCAGCAUCGUAUCCCCUUUGUACUCACUCUAUCUAGGCUCAUGGGGAGGCAUGAAACCGCGACCUGAGGAUAGGAAGGUACCAGCAUGUACGAGACUGCGAUUGAAGGUGAUAGUGUAUUUGUACAAAGCUAAAGGCCCCGCUCUACUGUUCCCGCAUGUUGUGCAGGUCAUAUUUUGUUCCCUCUUCGAUCCGAAUACGAAUGCGCGGCUGCGACACUGCGCACUGAUGUUUCUAUUGAACGUUAUAUACAACGGUGAUUCAACACAGCUGAAUAAAGUGGCACCUGUGUUCCUACAAGGAAUUCUAAAACUGAUCCGCGCAGAGGAGUAUGCUGAACAUCAUGUCAAAGCGUAUUCAUGUUUGGGAAAAUUAGCAAAAAGAUGCCCGAGCAGUAUCAACAAUCAAUUUGCGCUACUAGAAGAGCUGGUGAAGAAAAUUCCAGAAGCAGCGCCAGAAAUGAAGACCGCUCUCCGAGACUGCCUGCUAGAAAUGGUCUCCGCCUAUAAAGUUGUGCCCGAUGGUAACCAGUCUUCAGAUCCAAGUACAGACGACAACAAGAUGGACACGUCAUCGGACGUGCCAAGCACGUCCAAGGAUGAGAAGAUGGAUGAAGGGUCAGAGAGCAAGAAGGCAAAGCCUAGUCCGUUUGACGAGCCACAGGCUCUAGCACUCUUCGCUUUGUUGGAGCAUUACAUGCACAGCGAGGAAACAAUGAUCCGAUACAUCGCAAUGCGGUACGCAGCAGCCGUGUUCCCGCAGGACUAUAUGCCGUCCAGAUACCUCCUCCUAUUGGCUAGUGGCGACAACCAAGACGAAAUAUCAACGGAAGCGCUAAAAUGCCUCUACGGCACUUCUCGGCCAAAUGAAAUAGAGGACGUUGUCAAUAACGUCGCUCAUAAAGAGACAAACGUAGUCACUAUUGACGAAGAGACCGCCAAGAAAGAGAGGCAGCCUACAGAUAAAGAAGAACUGUUGAAAGUGCCAAAAUUCAAGGAUGUAGUAAACUACAUCUGGGAACAAAUGCUGAAGAGGAAGAAGGGCUCUAAUGCUAAACAUAGAUUUGUGGUUGCAAAUCAAGUGCUGCAGUUUCACCCAGUCACUUACCAAGAGAUUCUCCGUUACAUGCGGAUGGCGUUAAACCGAGACGCGAACCUUGUGAACUGCACAAAUCACCCCAAUGCCACGUCACCAUUGCUCGCCAAGUAUUUCUGUAACAAUUUGCUCAACACCGAUGUUCUAAAUGAAUAUCUGACCAUGAUCACUACUUUGCUUGCUGCUAGUCCAGGUAUAAUGCCUUUAACGUGUUUCCUCGAUAUCAUUGGGUGCAUACCAGAGAAGAUGGCAAACAAAUACAUACAUUUACUGCCAUACAUGAAGAAUCUGUUCACUACUAGUACCAAGGAAGAUAUAAGGGAAAUAAGCGCUACAAUUUAUGCAAUUAUUACUUUGCAUACUAGUGAUAAAGCGUUUGUGGAAAACGAGAUUAAUGAGUUCGUGCGACAAGCUAAGGAGAAUAAGAAUCUGGAGUCUCAGUGUGGUUAUAUAUCGGCGUUUGUGAACUUGUGUGAGAGGAGCAUCGUGUUGGCUAAGAGAGGAAAGUUUGGUGGUAAAGGAUUUGAUCCGGCUAAGUGGGAGCCGUAUCACCAAGGCGCUGUGUGUUUGGCAAACUUGUUGAUCAAUAACCAGACUCUUCUAGUCAGCGUGGCAACAACGUCUGUCUCACUUCUGGCCCGAUGCAGCGGCUUACCUCUGCCCAAUAACACUCCCCAACAAGAGGCUGAUCUUAAAUCUGAUAACCCAUUCGACAUCAAGAAAAACGAAGGAGAGAAAAUCACCAAUAAUGUGACGAAGUUCACCGUAACUCACAGGUUGUUCAAAAUUGUGGACAAUCCAAAGUUGCCGUCGAAAGUGAAGGAGAGGGCGCUGUUUACACUCGGGCUACUAUGCUGUGGGGAACGAUUCCCGUUCGCUAAGGAAAUCGUCAAGAGUUUCUUGCAGAUGGCUAAUAAUACCAAAGAGUUUGAAAUUCAUCUGCAAAUUGGAGAAUCUCUAGUGCUGUGCGUGGAUGGUGUCAAUUCAAACGAAAAUCGAGAUUUGUGGACUGAAUUGCCCGUGGAGGGCUCGCAAAAAAUAAAGAAUCAAGCGGCGUUGAAAGAAAAUGAUGAGUUACUUGAUUUUUUGUUGACUAAUCUUUUUAAGAUUGGUAAGAAUCCGCAUCCACAUUCCAGACAGGCUACAAGUAUUUGGCUGCUGGCAUUACUGAAGAACUGCCCAGACCGAGAGCCUAUCAAGAACAAACUGCAGGAGUUGCAGGACAUAUUCAUGGACUACCUAUCCGAGAAUAGCGAAAUAGUCCAAGAUGUGGCCAGCAAGGGUCUUAGUCUCGUCUACCAGAACUCCGAUGAGGAGUCGAAGCAAGUGCUGGUAAACCAGAUCAUCGAACAGCUCACCAGCGGCAAGCGCGCGGUGACUCAAGUCACUGAGGACACUAAGAUAUUUGAAGAGGGACAGUUGGGAAAGGCGCCUACUGGUGGAAAUCUGUCAACGUACAAGGAGCUUUGCUCGUUGGCUUCAGAUCUGAACCAACCUGAUUUGUUGUACAAGUUCAUGCAUCUCGCUCAUCACAAUAGCGUGUGGAACUCCAAGAAAGGAGCGGCGUUCGGUUUCCAUUCCAUAGCAUUGCAGGCGGGCGCGCAGUUAGCGGACCAUCUUCCGAAGAUUGUUCCGCGUCUGUACCGCUACCGCUUCGAUCCGACGCCGCGCAUCCAGAACUCUAUGUGCAGCAUUUGGGACGCUAUAGUGCCUGACACCAUGGCUACUGUCCAAAAGUACCACAAGGAAAUCCUAGACGACCUUGUGCUUAAUCUGACAUCGGGCCAGUGGCGCGUGCGCAUGUCCAGUUGCUACGCGCUUGCUGACUUGUUACGUGCAGCGAAAAGUAUUCACGAGUCAUUACAUCAGCUGCCGACUAUAUGGACGGUGUUGUUUCGAGUGAUGGACGACGUACAUGAAGGGACUAGGAUGGCGGCCGCUACUACUGCCACCACGCUUUCAAAGAUCUGUAUCAAAGCGGCGGACGUGAGCCAGGGUAAAGACGGCAAGGAGGUGGUGUCGGUGAUUCUGCCAGUGUUGCUCGAGACAGGGAUCACGAACCUUGUGAAGGAAGUGCGGAGUGUCAGUUUACUAACAGUAUCGCGACUGGUCGCUGCAGCAGGCGAUACUUUGAAGCCAUUCCUGUCAAAGUUGAUCCCAGCGCUGGUUGCCGCUGCAGGCGAGCUCGAGUCAGCGAAACUAUCCUACAUGAGCACUGCUCUAACGAAUUCCGAGUCGCGAGAGCUACUCGACGAUAUCCGCGCGAACGCCACCAAGCAUCACUUUACCACAGACACUGUUGUCAAGUGCAUGCCCUUCGUGGAUAUUGAGAUUAUGAGGGAAAUGUUACCUAAGAUCUUUGAGCUGAUGAAAUCUCCGCAACUGGGGACCAAAGUCGCCGUUACUCAUUUUACAAUAUUGUCAGCACAUUAUUUACGACAAGACUUAGAACCAAUAGCUGGAAAGCUAAUGUCUAAUCUUCUCAAUGGAGCCUUCGAUAGGAACGCUACGGUCAGGAAGAACUUUUCCGAGGCUCUCGGUCAAGUCUCUGCUUAUGCUAAGGAACAAUCAGUCGAAAAACUAAUGAAGAAGUUGGUGAUUCUGUACGAGUCGAAGGAUGAUGACGUGUCGCAUUCCGCCAUCGCUCGCAUGCUGAAGGCCGUAGCUAAAGCUAAGAUCGAGAACGUUAAGGACAACGAAGCGAUACUAGCGCCUACGGUCUUCAUUGCUAUGCAUGCACCAAAGGAAGAUGAGUCGUCGACGGUAGAUAUGUUCGAGGAGAUUUGGCAGGACCUCAGCCCGACCCGCGAGUCCGGUAUCCGACAGCAUCUGGUUGCCAUCCGCACCGAAAUUGAACGAGCCCUGAAUUCCAGCAGCUGGACUAGGAAGACGCAGGCAGCGAACGCGAUCAAGACAAUCUGCAAGGAGAUGUCUUCGGGUCUGGGCGACCAGCGGGAACAGUUUAUCCGAACUCUGCUGGCCGCUGUGCACGGGAAGACGUUUGACGGCAAGCGACACGUCAUUGAGGCUCUGGCUGAAUUGUGUUCCGUAAAAGACGCAGAGACCGCGGUAUCUCCAGCGCUAGCAUCAGACGUGAUCGAUGCUUUACUAGCGGAAGCCCGCAAACAAGACAUGGUGUACAAGAAACACGCCAUCGCAGCGCUGGGACAAGCCCUGGCCGCCACCAACUGCGAUAGGUUCAAGCACGUCUAUGAGAUUGUGAAAGUUAUACUUUCGAAGAACGAAUCCUCACUGGACAAGGAUUCAGACGAUGAGUCGAACGAAGGUGCUCGUCAGCGACGGGAACAACUGCUGGAACUGAAGGAGGCAGCGUAUGAGCUGCUGGGCAAAGCCUGGCCUAAGGACUCGGAGACUCAAGAUAAAUACCGCGACGUAUUCUUCGACCACUGCGCCCAGUCGUACCCAGUUAGCUCGCGUUCGACCCAGCUAGCCAUUCUAACGGCUAUCGGACGUGUGCUGGGACGACUUAGCGUGUUGAACAGUGCUGGCGAACCGAUGGAAACUGAUAACGUGGCUGCUACAGACAGGGACAAAGCCAUUACCAGUGUCAUCGAGCGAGUGGCUUCUAUCAUCGAUUAUACUCUGGAAAACAGCAAUCAAGUGCGGCACAGGCGGGAUGCCCUUAAUUUGCUCGAUAUACUCCUGUUACGAUUGAAGGAUCUAAACAAGGCAGAAGAGGUGGAUAAGCUAAAGAAUAUCUACACAAAGUACGCACAAGAUUUGUCAAAGGACUCUUCACACGAGAUCCGAUCCAAAGUGGAUGACAUUAAAGUACAUUUCAAGUAAACAGUCAGUGUCAGUACACAGUUAAUGUACUACAUAUUUAAGUAUUUAUUGAUACGCUCACAUAUAAUUAUAAAUGUACUUAUUUAUUUUUGAAAAUCUUAAUGUUGUUCGUGAAGUAGUUUUGUCUUGGGAAGGCAUAGAACUCCCAGAUAUGCGGCCCCUCGUUUUCAAACACAUCAUUUACUAUAACGUCGCCUUAUAGCAAAAACCACGUAAGCGCUUUUUUGAAUAAUCGUAUUCUGAUAUGAUUUUCUUGAUCACAAAGGACCAUGACCGUAACUGUAUGAGACCCGUCCCCCCUUCAAACAGGUAAUUUAUUGUAUUUCAAUAGUACAUCAUGAUGUUCGUCAUGAUGGACUAAUGUUAUGGGCGAUAGGCUGAUCCCUUAUCACCAUAAGGUUCAUCAUAUCCAUCUUUGGACUUCGUAUCAACAGUGGCUGCAAGUUGUCUUUGAUUACUUGUGGCUCUGCCCACCCCAUUAGGGAUUACGGGCGUGAGUUUAUGUAUGUAUGUAUGUCAAUAGUAUCUUUAAAAAGAUUACCAAUUAGUUGUAACUUCAAAUUCCAUGAGGUUUAGAAAUAAAAUAAAAAUAAAAAAAUUGUCGAAAAUCGAAAUUGGUUGAAAUAAUGUUGUCAAAGACUCGAAUUCCGGCUAAACCCCCCGCGUAUUUCGAAAAAGUCGCCAUAAAACAAAAAUAUCAAGUCACUAAGACGCUUCGAAUGAGAUAGGUCUGGAAUCUGUUGAUAGAGGGGGACGUUUUGACUCAUUGUCCUUUCUACUUGGGUUGAAACUAGUUUGUUGUGAGGUAAUGUUCCCAAAAAUCACAUACGAAUAUCAAUCCCCAAAAAGGCGCUUAAGUGGUUUUCACUAUAGGACGACGAUUAUUUAGAAUAUCCAGUUAGAAGGGAACAUCUGAAUAAAAAGUGGCCAAUUCACGAUCCUGCAUGUAAGAUGACGUAUCGAAAGUCGGAAGGUCGAAACUACAUUUUAAAGCGUAUUACUGUCUGUCGCUUUAUUCGUAUAGAAAUGUGAAUGAGGGUAGUUGCUAAAUUGACAAAUGACGUAGGUAGGUAAGGUAUAUAAAGAAAAUAAGUCGAAAAGGAAUGAAUAGGCGAGAUAUUUCGAAUACGAGCUUAUGACGUAAUUAUGACGUCAAUAAUCGUUGUAAAAUAUGGAUUUUAUCACUAUACAGUUUCGACUAAAAUGAUUUUUUUCCCUUAGCCUAAGUGUCCAUUGCUGGGCAAAUGGGCUCCCCGCUCUGUCUUUCCGUCUUUCUCUGUCCUGAGUGAUCUUUCUUCACUUAUUCUCAAAAACAGUCUAAUAGUAAAAGUGUUUUUUUAUCGUAUGACUUCUUAUUUCGUGAAUUUUAUGUUUAUACUAGUGUCAUGUGGGAAGUUGUAUAUAAGCGUCGCACUGUGCAAACUUCGAUAGCGCGUUUCAGGUCUGCAUUAUUGAAUGAUGGCGCCAUCUGUUGCAUGUGGGCGGAACAAGCUGGUCAACAAUUUGGAUCCGCCACAUGAAACUAUCCUAUUGGCCAUUUAUAGGGUAGGUAACAAUAGUUUAAAGUUCCGGUAGCUGUUUUGGGUUGUCCAAUUUGCUACUUACCAUAUCCAAUUUACUUCACGACUAGUCGGCCAAUGUCAGAAAGAAACUACUUGUAGUAACUACUCAGUGUAUAUUAAUUAAACUGUGAACAUAAAUCAGACCAAUUUACACAAGAGAAUAAGGUAAUAAUAAGCGUGUAAUACUUACUGUCAUGUCACGAGUAAAAUAAGUUUUGAUAACCUGUCAAUGACAAUAGGGUAUUUGACUGGGUCAAAGAUAAAUUAUAAAAUGCUAAUCGAGAAAUAGAAGCCAGUUUAAGGUGAUCAAAAAUCAAUUUCAUUUUACUUUACGAAUUAUUUUCCAAUUUUAUUUAUGAAUUAAGUAACAAUUGACAGAUUUUAUUGAUGACGUCACAGGACAUUUCCAUACAAACUCCAAAGAAAACCUUCGUUUAGACGUUUCGUAAAAAGUAUCUCCUUUUGGCUAGGUUGUCAAGUAGCCUACUGUGGUGUGUUACCUACUAGGGUAAGAGUAAUAACAACAUAUUGGUGUUUGGUUAUACACAACACUAGGUGGGUGGCAGCGUCCGACCCGAGCGAACGCUAAGCGAACACUGACUGAGGGCGCUACCCCCACCACUUACCCCGCAUACAUUUAAUAUAAUGGUACAAUAAAACAAGGUAUGUUCAAAAGUGACAGCUAACAUUUCAAGGUUAGCCGCGCUGACGUCAACACACACUCCGUUUUGUAAAAAAGGGACUUGUUUUUUUUUUUACAUUACAAGGCAAUUUUGAAAUUUUACUAAAAUAUUUAUUUACAGUUUUAAAGAUUCUUGAAAUGUUGGAGAUACCAACUUAAUGGUAACACUUACGUCAUCAAACGGCUAACAAUGGCGGCUUUAUAGGAUUGAGCAUACCUUGUUUUAUUGUACCAUGCAUUUAAUGAAGUUAUCUCUUAAUAUAUUACUUGUGCUAAUAUUUUAUAUUAUAUUUACGUAACAAUUAUUUACGUAUUAUUUUCUUCAUAAUAAUUUCGUAUAUAUUUCCAACUCCAGAAACAGUAUUUUCUUACACAGUUGGCAGACUAGUCGGCUUAAUGGGGCCGACGAAACGGCCAAACCUGUAGUAGGCCCUUGUCUAAUUACCCGAUUUAUAUUGAUGUACUUCUGAUACAAAUUAAUUAAUGUAUUAAUGAAAUAAACGUGACAUAAUCUUGAA